GUAUAUUUAAUAUUAUUGUUUAAUUGAUUGCUUUUUGUUUUGUUGGUGGUGGCCUUUCAAGUUCAUCUGUAGCCAAGUUGAAUAAAGAAACAAUCUGCCCAAGUGAAUACUUAUCUCAACAGCACCAACUCAUCAUGAAGCAUUUACAGAAAUGAGCAGAAUUAACAAUUGAAUCAGAAGACUAAGAUGAUAAUGAUUAUUAAAACAAUCCAAAAGUCAAUGAGUAGUAUUUUAAUAAUCUCUGAAUUGUAAAUCUGGAUCUACAUACCUAUUUCAUUCUUCUUUCAUCUACACUUCAUUUCGCAAACUACUUCAACUCCUCUGACAAAAUCUUUGUGAUCCCAUAGAUAGCAUACUAUCUUUGCCACUAUUCAAGAUUAUUUCUCAAACAAGUGGUGAACGUCAAACAGUGAAAAGAACCUCAGAAUUUGAAAGGAAGAGAACUUGAAAGAUGCUUACAGCCAUGGAAAAUGAAGGAAAAAGAGAAAACAACCUUGUGGUGUCAUUUUCUGCUCUUCGCAAGGACGUGGUCGACGUUCUGGAUUUCAUGGAGAGGUUAAAGAAUGAAGAAGAUCAAAAUGCUGUUGGCAUGGCCGAACAAAUUGACGAGCUGAAAUUGGUGCUGACAUUUUAUUGUACGUACAUCCAGCUUUCCCAUUGUGAUUUGGACAAGUUUGAACAUGUAAUGAGUGGUUCAAGACAAGUGGUUGAAAAUCUGCUUCAACCAAUUUUGGAUGAUGUUGACAACAACGUCAGGCGUAAAUACAACAUGGAUCAUGUCCUUCCUAGCCUCAUGGAUAAUAUCGAUGAAUGUAUCACCUCGUGUCUUCGUUCUAAAUCAAGUGCCACCAUGACUGACGAGCAGUUGGACUUUCUCCUCCUGAAUCUCCAUCAUCUAUCCAAGUAUCUUGCUGAACAGAUAUUUCCAUUAGAGACUCAGUAUGAGAUUCUUCAGACUGUGUCUGGCAACAUGAAAGAUUUCCAUGGGUUGAUAGUGAAUGGUUGCGUUGACCACAAAAUUGUUCAAUAUGUCUUACCUCAGUUUCAACUCACGGCUGAGAGAGUUGGACGCUUCAUUUGGGAUGAUCAAAUUGUUGGAGACUCUCGUCUCUUCAAGAUAGCUCAUCUGUUAUUGAAGACUAUUCCAACUGAACUGGAGGUGUUGCACAUAUGUUAUACGAAUUUGAGAGCUUCAACUUCAGUAGAAGUUGGACACUUCAUUAACCAGCUCCUGGAAACCUCUCCAGACAUUCUUAGAGGAUAUCUGAUUCAUCUACAAGAGCACAUGGUAACUGUUAUCACCCCCAGUACUUCAGGGGCUCGAAACGUUCAUGUCAUGAUAGAGUUCCUAUUAAUUAUUGUAACGGAUGUGCCCAAGGACGUUAUUCAUCAUGACAAGUUAAUUGAUCUUUUGGCACGUGUUGGAGCACUUAUCAGGGAGGUAUCUACUCUCGUUCGUGACAUAGAAGAAAGGUCAAGGAAUGAAGAGAGUAUUGAUGAAACAAGUCGUGCAACUCUAGACUUGCUGGAAAAGUUUAAACUCCUCAAGGAAGAUCUCGAACAUGUUUAUCUGAAAGCCCCAGAGUCAUAUCAAUGUUGCUUCCCCAUGAGUGAUGGACCGCUCUUCAUGCAUCUGCUACACAUUCACUUAAAAGGUUUGCUGGAUUCCAAUGCUUAUUCAAUUGCAUUGAUAAAGGAAGAAAUUGGGCUGGUAAAGGAAGACUUAGAAUUCAUAAGAUCUUUUUUCCCGAACAAUGAUCAAGAAUUAUGUGAAGAUCUAUGGGUACGUGUUUUAGAUGCGGCAUAUGAGGCAAAAGAUAUCAUUGAUUCAAUUAUUGUUCGAGAUAAUGGUCUGUUACAUCUUAUUUUCUCACUUCCCAUCACCAUAAAAAAGAUUAAGCUUAUCAAAGAAGAUGUCUCAAAUUUACUUGAGAACAGGAAUUUACUUGAGAACAGGAGGUUGGAAAACUCUCCCAAGAAGCCAGUUGAAAGCAAGUCAUUGACGGCUAGUAAAAUAAUUGUAGGUUUUGAGGAGGAGACAAAUUGGUUAAUUAGGAAGCUCACCAGUGGACCAGCAAAUCUAGAUGUCAUUUCAAUCACUGGUAUGCCGGGUUCGGGUAAAACUACAUUGGUGUACAAAGUAUACAAUGAUGAAUCAGUUCGUAGCCAUUUCGACCUUUGUGCAUGGUGCACAGUCGACCAACAGUGUGACGGGAAGAAGUUGCUGGUGAAAAUUUUUAAUCAAGUUACUGGCUCGGAUUUGAAGUUCAGCGAGGUAACUGAUGUUGCCGAUAAGCUGCGGAAACAAUUGUAUGCAAAGAGGUACCUAAUUGUGUUGGAUGACGUGUGGGAUACUACUACAUGGGAUGAUUUAACAAGACCUUUCCCUAAAGUUAAAAAAAGAAGUAGAAUUAUUUUGACGACCCGACAAAAGGAAGUGGCUUUUCAUGUAAAGGGCAACACUAAUCCUCUUAACCUUCGUUUGCUAAGGCCAGAAGAAAGUUGGGAGUUAUUAGAGAAAAGGGCAUUUGGAAACAAGAGUUUCCCUGACGAACUUUUGGAUGUUGGAAAAGAAAUAGUCCAAAAUUGUAAGGGACUUCCUUUGGUUGUUGAUCUGAUUGCUGGAGUUCUAGCAGGUUUGGAAAAGAAAAAGUCUGUGUGGCUUGAAGUUCGAAAUAAUUUGAGUUCCUUUAUCUUUAACAGUGAAGUUGAUGUGAUGAAGGUCAUAGAAUUAAGUUAUGACCAUUUACCUCAUCACCUGAAGCCAUGCUUAAUUUACCUUGCAUGUUUUCAAAAGGACACUGCAGUGGAGAGAAUUACGUUGGAAAUGUAUUUGUGUGCUGAAGGGCUUGUUGAACAAACAAAGAUGAAGAGUUUGGAAGAAGAGAUGGAAAUUUGUUUGGAUAAAUUAAUUUCCAGUAGCUUGGUAAUUGCUUGCAAUGAGUUGGGCAAUUUACCGAGUUGCCAACUUCAUGAUCUUGUGCAUGACUUUUGUUUGAUAAAAGCAAGAGAGGAAAAGUUGUUUGUCUUGAUAAGUUCAAGUGAUCCAUCUUCUUCUUCUUCUUCAGAAAUGAUAGUAAACAUUGAUUAUGAUAAGGAGCACUUUGGGCCUAACAAUUUCAUCCUGCUCGAUUCAAAAAUGAAAAGGUAUUCUGGUAAACACCUCUAUUCUUUGGAGAUAACUGGAGACAAGAUGAAAGAUCGUCUUUCUGAUGCAUGUCAUCUAAGAGACUUGAGGCUUCUUAGAGUGUUGGACCUGAAGCCUUCUUUUAUGAUGGUGAAAGAGUCUAUGCUCAAUGAAAUAGGCAUGUUGAAUCAUUUGAGGUUCUUAAGCAUUGGGACAAAAGUUAAAUCUUUGCCUUCAUCUUUCUCAAACCUCUGGAAUCUAGAAACCCUGUUGGUUGAAAACGAAGGAUCAACCUUGAUAAUAUUAUCGAGAAUUUGGGAUCUUGUAAAGUUGCGACAGCUGAUCGUUGAUGCUUGUUCUUUCUUUGAUAUGGAUACAGAUGAACCAAUACUAAUAGCAGAGGACUCAAAGUUAGAGAACUUGAGAGCAUUAGGGGAACUCAAGCUUUCCUAUUUGAAAGGAUCAGAGGAUAUUUUCAUAAGGUUCCCCAAUCUUCAAAGGCUUAGAUUUGUUCUCAAGGAAUCAUGGGAUUAUUCAACAGGGCGAUAUUGGUUCCCAAAAUUGGAUUUCCUAAUUAAACUUAAUUUCCUCAGAGCAAAAUUUGAAAGUUCAAACACAAAUGACAAUGGGCCCUCUUUAGCGACAAAUUGGUCAUGGGAUUUUCAUUUUCCUUCCAAUUUGAAAAUACUGUCGCUGUGGAAUUUUCCUCUGACAUCCGAUUCACUAUCAACAAUAGCGAGACUUCCCAACCUUGAAGAGUUGGGCCUUAUGAGAACACUCAUCGAGGGGGGAGAAUGGAACAUGGGGUUGGAAGACACCUUUGAGAAUCUCAAAUAUUUGAAGUUGUAUGAAGUGACUCUUGCUAAGUGGGAGUUUGGAGAGGAAUCCUUUCCUGUGCUUGAGAAAUUAGAACUGUGGAGAUGUCAUAUGCUUACAGAGAUUCCGCCUAAUUUUGGGGAUAUUGGUUCAUUAAAACUUAUCAAACUUGUAGGGAGCCCUCAACUUGAAUAUUCAGCUCUGGAGAUAAAACAAUAUGUUGAAGAUAACACGGGAGAAGACAAACUUCUGAUCCUUGGCCCAGAUAAUAUCCCGUUAUCUAAGACAGAUCCUGAGAUUUGAGAACUUGAAAAGAAGGGAAGGAGAAGUUACUUUGGUAGAGGAAACAAACAACUCAUCGUUCCUCCGCCAUGCUUAGUUUACCUCCUUGUUGGAUUGCCAUUGCCAUGCCCCGAACUGCGAGUUUUCUGCCACCACACUCCAGUGACUUCAACUGUACUGAAGUCAUUGACAAAUUCUGAGGCAACAUUCGGCUUCAUGUGCCUAUUAUUACAUCUCAACUUUUCUGAAGGAAGAUACGGAUGAGGAUGGAAAAUCUGUUGCUCAAAAUAAUUCAAGAGCAGCACGGACACAUCACCCGUGCAUCUUCCUAGACAGUCGAAGCAGAAUCGACCGGCCGUUUUAUGUCAAGCAAUGAAUGAAGUAACUCCUGAUGUAACAGUAAAAGCAAGACCUGUCUGUGGGUGGGUCUAUUUAUUCCAAUGUAUUUAAUUGAUCCGCAAAACAAACUGUCUGUUUGUGAAUACUAUUCAGAAAAUGAGCUGAUGCUAUAAUCCCGUUUACCCAGAAAAAUGUAUUUUUGUACUUGUAUUUUUUUAACAUUUUUCCAUAUUGAAUAAAAAUGGGGUGGAUUCCCUCCAACUAAUAAAAUGUAAUUUAACAUU